UUUUCCUACAGUUUGGAACAAACUUCCCGUUGAUGUCCGAGAUGAAAUUGUCUUUGGAAUUUUUUUUCUUUUAUCAAAACUAUUUUAUGCUAAGCAAUAAUUCUAUUUUAAUAUUUCGUAAAAAUUAAAUAAAAAAUUCCAUUUCCAUACACGAAUGGUAAUUUGACAAACAAGGCGUCUUCACUUGAAGUGAUAGCGGAAACUAGGACGAACCUGAAGGAAGUGAUGGCAUAGAGGAUUGGAACUCGUUUCCUGAAAAACCCGGAAAAAGAAGAAUGAUCGAUUUAAACUGAGUUACACACUGGAAGAAGUACCAAUAGAAUGUCAUCGCUCAUAUAAUCGAAAUUUUCCGCUGUAAUUGUGUGUAGAUGACAGAUUAUAUUUUAUAUUUAUGACUGUUGAAAUAGAAGAAUGAUAACUAUAUACUGUAUAUUAACAGCCCUAACUUUAACCAGAGUAGCCGAGAGUAAAGUAUGCGUUGCAGAUGAUGAUCGAUAUGAUCGCCUAUUCUGUUUGGAAAGUUUUCCGGAUCUGAAUUCGCUAGUUAGGGUAAAAUAUCGCGGAGAAUGGUAUUCUAUCUGCGGGAAGAUAUGGUCAAAAGAAGGUGCCCACGAAGUUUGUAUGCGACAUAAUCAUAUCGGGAGCUACGCAAGGAACGUGUGGUCCGAGCCGGCUGGGGACGGUACAUCCAAGAAAUUGGCAGUCAUUGACUGGAUAUGUAUGAAGAAGGGUUGCAGUACAUGUGAAAAUUGUAUGAACCUCAUAGAUCGAGAACCAAGUACCACAAAUGGAGAUUCAUGUAACGAAGUUGCUAGAGUACAUUGCCAAGAUAUACGCGUAACAAGAAAUACGGUCGGUCCUAGAAGUGGCUUGCUGGAAAAAUAUCUACCUGGCAAUCAACUCAACAAAAAAUGGGGAACAGUGUGUCCAUUAACGUGGAAUAUAUCUGAAGCAAAUGUAGCUUGUAAUCAACUGUUUUCGUGUCCAGCACAAGUUGCAUUAGCAGAGACCAAAUAUCGUACUAGUAUUGCUGCUUCGCUACCGAUAAACGUGCGAUUUUAUAUUUGUUACGGCCAUGAAUUGUCACUAGACGAAUGUGUAUCCAAGCUUGAUAACACUUCUUGCGCAGAGGGCGAUCAACGCCGGGCCGGUCUCAUCUGCAGAAGUAACUGUGCUCGGCCAAUACAGGCAGCCAACGUGUUGAUACAUCCCGACAGAGAUGAUUACGCGCCAAAUGAACAUGUUUAUAUCUCUUGCGCCCCAGGUUACCGAUCGCAAUUUGGUGAAACAGAGAAAAUCAUAUGUAAAGAAAACUGCAGAUGGGAUGGACCAAAGAUAGAAUGCAAACCCGUAUGCGAUCCACCAGGUGAAGUUCAAAAUGGCACGUUUGCUCCUCAGCAAACGUUCUACUACGUCGGUAUGUCGGUUAAUUUCACUUGUCAAGAACAUUUCGGACUGAACGGAUUUUCCAAGUUAACUUGCCGGGAAGAUGGAACAUGGAAUCGAAACUUACCGGAAUGUAUAGGUAAAUGUAAUAAAUUAUACCAAUACUCACAGAAGUCCUUAGAUCAGCCAAAGUGAGCAUACCAUGCAGCGGUGACACCUACAGAGUGUGGG